AUGUCUGGAAACCCACCUAACCUGGGAACCAACCCAGUCUGGAAACCCAUUCUAGGAACUCACCCAGUCUGGAAACUCAUUCUGGGAACCAAACCAGUCUGGAAACCCAUUCUGGGAACACCCCCAGUCUGGAAACCCACACCAAGAAGCCGCUUAUCUGGAAAGCCACCUAGCCUGAGAACCCACCAGACUGGAAACCCAUCCCAAGAACCCACCAUAUCUGGAAACUCAUUCUGGGAACCCACACAGUCUGGAAACCCACCCCGACCCAUGACGGGCGGCCCGGCCCACCCAUCCCAAAACAUGUGGGCGGACAUCGAUUGCCCAUCCUGGGACCGGCGGCGGGCCUUGCCCUCCUGUCCAGGGACACGUGGUGGACAUCGCCCGCCCGUCCCGGAACACGCAGUGUAUACAGCCCACCCGUCCCGGUACAAGUGCCGGUCAUCGCCUGCCCACCCCGGGACACGUAAAAGAAACAUCGCCAGCCCGUCCCGGGACCCGCAGCAAGCCUGGCCCGCCCAUCACGGGAUACGUGGCAGACAUCGCCUGCCCAUCCCCUUACUCGCGGCAGGCCCAGCCGCCCGCAAGUCACGGGUCAAGUGGCGGACAUCGCACACCUGUCCUAGGUACCGCGGCAUGCCCGGCCCGCCCAUCCAGGGACACGUGGAGGACAUAGCCCGCAGGUCCCCUCGGCCUGCCCGUCCUUGGACCCGUGAGUCUGGAAACCCACCUCAAAAAAACCCACUUAGUCUGGAAAACCCAUUCUGGGAACCCACCCAGUCUGGAAACCCACCCCGACCCGGGACCAAGGGCGGGCACGGCCCACCCAUCCCGAGACACGUGGCAGACAUCGCCCGCCCAUCCCAGGACCCGUGGCGGACAAGGCCCGCCAGUCGGGGGACCCGCGGCCCACACGGCCCACCCAUCCCGAUACACGUGGCGGUCAUCGCCCGCCUGUCCCAGGACCCGCGGCGGCCUCGGCCCGUCCGUCAUGGGACACGUGGUGGACAUCACCCACCCAUCCCAGGAUCCCCAGCAGGCCCAGCCCACCCAUCCCAGAACACAAGGUGGACAUUGCCCACCCGUCCCGGGAAAUGUAGCGGACAUCACCCAACUGUCCUGGGAGCCUCGGCGGGCCCAGCGCGCCCGUCCCAGGACACUAGACGGACAUUGCCCACCCGUCCCAGGUUCUGCAUCGGCCCUGGCCCGCCCGUCCCGGGACACGUGGCGGACAUCGCAGGCCCGUCAUCAGACCCGCGGCGGGCCCGGGCCACCCGUACCAUAACACGUGGCGGACAUCGCCCGCCAGUCCCAGUACCAGUGGCGGUCCCAGCCCGCCCGUCCCGUGACACGUGGCGGACAACAUCCUCCCAUCCGGGACCGCAGCAGCCCGGGCCAGGCCCUCCCGUCCUGGGACACCUGCCUGACAAUGCCCACCAAUCCUGGGACACAUGGCGGAUAUCGUCCCCCCAUCCCGCCCAUCCCAGGUCAUGUGACAGACAUCGUCCGCCCAUCCCGCUUAUCCCGGGACACGUAGCAGAACCGUCGCCGCCCGUCCUGGGGAUACGUGGUGGACAUCGCCCCCCGCCCGGUCCGGGACCCGUGGCAGGCCCAGCCAUCCUAUCCCAGAACCCGCGGAGGCCUGGGAACCAACCCAGUCUGGAAACCCACCCCAAAAAGCCGCCUAGUCUGGAAAACCAUUCUGGGAACCCACCCAGUCUUGAAACCCAUCCCAAAACCCACCUAGUAUGGAAACCCAUUCUGGGAACCCACCCAGUCUGGAAACCCAUUCUGGGAACCACCCAGUCUGGAAACCCACCCAAAAACCCGCCUAAUCUGGAAACCCAACUCAUGAACCCACCUAGUCUGGAAACCCAUUCUGGGAACCCACCCAGUUUGGAAACCCUCCCCAAAACCCACCAAGUCUGGAAACCCAUUCUAUCCCGAGACAUGUGGCGGAUAUCGCCUGCCCGUCCCGGUACCAGCAGCGGGCCCGGUUCGCCCACCUCAGGACCCAGCGGCGGACACGGCCCGCCUGUCCCAAUAUACGCGGCGGUCAUCGCCACCCCCCCCCCCACCCCCCCCCCCCCCCCACCCCGUCCCAAGACCCGUGGUGGCCGCAGCCCUCCCAUCCCAGGACCAGCGGCGUCCCCGGCCCACCCGUCCCAGACACAUAGAGGACAUUGCCCGCCCAUCCCGGGACCCCCGGUGGGCCCAGCCCUCCCAUCACAGGACAUGUGGAGGACAUUGCCCACCCGUCCAGUCCGCCCAAGGACACGUGGCGAACAUCGCCUGCCCUUCCCCAGACCCACGGCAGACCCAGCCCGCCCGUCCCAGGACACCUGGCGGACAUUGCCCGCCUGUCUUGGAACCCAUGGAGGGCCCGGCCCACCCGUCCAUGCCCAACCAUCCCUGGAGCCCUGGCAGGCCCAGCCCGCCUGUCCUGGGACAGGAGAUGGACAUCGCCUGCCCGUCACAUGA